CCUCCCACCCACAUAAUAUUUUGUUGACUUUGACAAUUCGCAAUGAAAAUAUCCAAUUGCAGUUGGGCACCAGACAUGGCCAGGACCAUUGGUGAUACGACAAGGCGCCGCAAGAGCGCAAAGCUUGUCAAUUUUUGGCGUGCGGCACGACUUGACGGCGAUGUGGCACGCAAUGCAGCCAUGAAGCAGAAAUUCCGAUUACGCGGGCCAAGAAGACAUAAGCAAAGAGCUGAUAAAUUACAGCGCAACAAGGUAAAGGAGGCAGUGCAACGCGCUGACAGAGGCAGCUACGUUCACAGCGGUUCAUUUCUGGAAGCCAUCCGGCCAGGUGACCAACCAAUUAAUCCAUAA